GGCGUCAUUAUCAUAUUAUAUAUUGAACAGUUAACAGGCUUUGGUGUGUGUACGUACAUAUUUGUGAUUAGUAAUUGCUUAAAUGCAAAAAAAGGGAUAUUUUUAAAUAGCUGUAUAGAUAUUUUAACAAAUUUUGUCAAUUUGCUGAAAAAAAAAUUUCUGUAUAGAGUGUGAGGGUACAGAAAAUUGACGAAGAACAAGAGAGAGAGCGCCAAUAAAGCUAACACAAGAGACGCUGCUUUAAAUAUAUAUAAGCGAAGAACACACAUAACAAAUAAAAUAAACAAAAAAAUGGCUGAUGUCAAGUUAGCAGAUAUGGAAGAUGAUAUCUCCUCGGAAGAAGGUUCAGCUUCUCCAGUAGCAUCUGUACCCAAAAAACGCGGUCGCACUCCCAAUACCAACAAAACUGAAAGUCGCAUUGGAAGGGGACGACCGAAGAGUGCUGCAACCGCAGAAGACGAUGAUGAUGAUAAUAAUGAAGAAUCAGAAGACGAUAAGCCCAAAAGAGGUCGCGGACGUCCGAAAAAGGCCAACAAAAAGGUUAUUGUUUCUACAGGAAGAGGCCGUGGUCGUCCUAAGAAGGUGGUGGAAGAAGAUGUUUCAGCCGAAGACGCCGAUGAGGACAAUGAGGAAGAACAUGCAAGUUCCCCCAAAAAGGCAAAGAAAUCACCAGUUAAAAGCAAGGCUGGCAGAGGUCGUCCAAAAAAAAUCAAAAAUAGCGAUGAUGAAAGCUCAGAUGACAAAAAUGAUGAAGAGAAAAAUCCUGUUGGUCGUCCCGCAUCUGGUGGUGUCAAUCUCAACAUUUCUCGCACUGGCCGUGGACAAGGUCGGGCCCGAAAAGAUGUUUCACCCAAAAAACUUCCCGCAAAAUCAAAUGGUGUGGCUGAUUCUGUAGCUCCGAAAACACGGGGAAGACCGCCAAAGGGGGGUGCCAAAAGUGCUACUGCCAAGCCCACUGGAAAAGGACGUGGGCGACCAAAAGCAUCUGCCAACAAUGAUGACGAUGAUGAUGACAAACAUGAUGAUGAUGAAGAUAACGAUGAUGGAGCUGAUGAUGAUAGCGAUAAGGCCAAGGAUGAUGAUGAUGAUGAAGAUGAUGAUGACAACAAAGCCAGUGAUAAGGACGAUAGUGACUAAAUGCCGCCACUAUACAUCUCCAUAUCACACAGUAGCUGCAUAACGUUAGAAUUACAACAUCACUGCGAUGAUGAUCAACAGAAAUUCCUCUCCCCUUCAACAACAAAAAACAACCUAAACAUUCACAAUACAUUUUAAUGAAAGGGUUUUUUUUUUUAAAUCAUUAAGACAUUCAUUUUUUGACGAUAUCAUCGGCAGUUUUGGCCCAUAUUAUGUCAAGUAAGAUAUUAUAGAAUACAAAGAACAUAGUAUGCUUUGUUAAUGCAAAGCAUUUUAUUCUUCGUUCCAAUGUAAGCUAAAGGAAUUUAAUUAAAACGCCACGUACCCCCAAUGUAUUGUUCUUGAGGUCCCAUGAGCCCCUUUUUUAUGUAUAUUUAAUUUUUUUUGUUUUCAAAUGUUUUUUUUUUUUCACCUUAUUUCAAUUGUUUCACAUUUCAUGAUUUUUCUAGAGAAAAAUGGGAACUUGAACAAAUUUUGCAAUUAAUUUUAGAGAAAUAAAUUUAAAAGAAAAGAAAAUAUGCCACAAGUACAA